AUAAAUAAAUAAAUAAAUAUAUCCAUUCCCUCUCCACACGUGUUUGAGUGUUUCAAUCAGUCCCCUCUCUCGCUCUCUCACACGCGCAAAGGAUACGAACGAGGGGAGGGAGAAAAUCGCGAGUCUUCACUCUUCAGCUUCCAUCGAAGCCGAAGAUACGAAUGAUUAUUUGCAGGUCAUUCUUAAGAGUUGAUCGUGCUUGGAAAUUUACAAAUACAAGUAUCAGAUUAAAGCCCGUAAAAUACUUUCAGGGAUGCUGUUAUUAUCAAGGUUUGAGCUAUCGUAGGAAAAUGAAUGGAGCAAAAGAUAUGCAAAAUGUUAUGGACCGAAACAAAAAGCCAAGGAUGAUUACUGAAUGGAAACCAAAGUGCACUCAAUCCAAUUCCAACGAAGAAUUCUUGUUGGAGGAUGUUGAAAAGUUGGAAGUUGAAAGUCAACCUCCAGAAGUGUCAUAUUGCAUUUCGAAGGGUGUUUCAAACAUUCAAGAUGUCAGCAAGGAAGGUGAAGGGCUGAAUCAAGUUGAUGCAUGUUCUAGCUCUCACGCCUUGCAUGCUAUAGAUGGGGAUAAAACUUUGGAAGGAAGAUCGAUUCCUCCUGAUGCUAAGCAUUCAAUAUCAAUUCAGGUAGGUGCUCCCUUAAUUCGUUUCAUCAAAGGAAAAGGGGGAUCUACACAAAAGAAAAUUGAAGAGGACAUGGGAGUUAUAAUCACAUUUCCAUCAUCGAAGAAGGAGGAUUCUAUUAUAAUUGAAGGCAAUUCCAUUGAAAGUGUGACUCGAGCUUCAGAAGAGAUACAAUUUAUAAUUGAUGAGGCAGUGAAAAGCCGAAAUCUCGACUAUACUCACUUUGUAUCUCUUCCAUUGGCCAUACACUCCGAACUGGUUGAUAAGCUUGUCAAUUUUCAGAACUCCAUAUUGGGAAAUAGCGAUCCUGUUGAAGAGAAUCUAGAUAGUGAUUCAGAUGGAGGUAGUCCAGAUGAUGAUGAGAGGGAGAAGCAUUUAGAUACAGGACUUGAUGUUGUAGUUCAACUCAAAGUUGAGGAUGGUAACAAAGAUGUGAAAAUGGACAUAACUAAUAUACCUCUUACAAGUUACCCGCCUGCAACAUCGAAGUCUUCUUCCUUAACUGACUUGGGAAUAGACAAAUCCAUAUUUAUUAAACCAAAAACAUUUCACUUGACUGUACUCAUGCUGAAGUUGUGGAACAAGGAGCGAAUUGAUGCAGCUAGUGCAGUCUUGCAGAGUGUCUCCUCAAAAGUAAUAGAUGCCUUGGGUAGUCGGCCUGUCUUCGUGAAACUAAAGGGGCUGUACUGGUUAAUUCAUUUUCCCCUUUUCUGUAAGCCUUGUCAUCAGAGCUGUUAUGAGGAUUGCAUGCGAGGUUCUUUAUCCAAAGCCCGUGUUCUAUAUGCUCCUGUGGAAGAAGUUGGCAGUGAAAAACGACUUUUACAAGCUUGUCAAGUUAUUAUUGAUGCAUAUGUUGAAACUGGUCUUGUUCUUGAGAAAGAUGCACAACAAAAGUUAAAGUUGCAUGCGACCGUUAUGAAUGCAAGGCAUAGGAAAAGGAAGAAAAGGUCUAAAAAGUUUGAUUCCUUUGAUGCACGAGGCAUUGCCAAGCAAUAUGGAACUGAGGAAUGGGGACAAUAUCUGAUACGUGAAGCCCACCUUUCGCAAAGGAGUAUGAGGAAUCAGGCCAAUGCACAGGAUGGUAGUAGGCGAUUAUUGAAGCUUGAAGUAUUUGUUGAUAGAAAAAGAAAUUUCUGAAGAGAGAAAAGAAUUACCAGGCAAAGGAUAAAGUAUCCUUCUAAGGAGCAAAAGAAAAGGAGAAGUAAAAGAAUAAUGAAACAUCAUUUGUAAUACUGCCAGCCAGACCCUCUGAAAAUCUGAGAAUCUGAUCCUUUUGAAGCAAUCAGAAUAAAAAUCCCAAAGGAAAGUGAGAAAAUCAACUUUAUCCCAAAGCAAAGUCAAAGACCACUCGUUAAAGACAUGGUCAUUUCGUUCCAACCAAA